GGGUGUGUGCGGGAGCCAAAGUGGCGGUCAGCGAUGGAGCCGCUGCCAUGACAACCCCGGGAAGUCAGCCUGCGUGCCGCGCAGGGAUGCUCGCGGCCAGCCGCAACAGCGGGGCUGGGAUGCUGCCGCUCGCCCGCGCCCCGCUCCUGCGCUGAGCGGGCACCAGGAGGGCGGCCUCUGCCUCCGGGCUCUCCUCCUCCUCCGAGGCUCCGGGACCCGCUCGGAGGAGCCGGGGAGCAGCGCGGUGGGGACGUCGCCUGCAGCUCCGCGGGGAAGUUCCGAUCUUGCGUCAGAAUCGGCAUUUGGGGAGCUUGUGCUUUUUUUUUUUUUUUUAAUCCCUGUUUUUUUUUUUCACUGCUUUUUUUUUUUUUUUCUUCUCUGUUUUUUUUCCUUUUCCCUCUCUUAUUCAAACAAAAGAGCAGCAGCCAGCCGGCGACCCAACUCCGAGCCCGUUUUGCUCCCCCAGCCUGCUUUUAUGGCCGCCCUCCCUUUCCUGCCAGAGACACUUACGUUUCCUCCUCGGGUUAUAAACUUUUGAUGCCAGAUCUCCGCAGCGCGUGCCCGACUGAAUCUUAAAGUAGCGUCUCGAGCAGGCACAGAUCUGUGACCUUCAUCUCUUGCUCUGCACCUUCUCUCCUCCUCUUCCUCCUCCCCCCGGCCCUCCCGUCCUCCUCCCUCACCCAAGGAUACUGGGGACUCCCUCCGGAUGCCGCUCGGCAGGCUCAGUGCUCGCAGGCUGCCUUUCCAGGGGCUCUCCUGAUCUCCGUGGAGCUCCGCAUCGCUCGCCUCCGCGCCUGCCCCGGUGGAGUGCCCGUGCGCAGCGGAGAUGCCACCUUCCCCAAAGCUAUGGACAACGUGACUGUGCGGCAAGGGGAGAGUGCCACGCUCAGGUGUACCGUGGAUGACAGGGUGACACGGGUAGCGUGGUUGAACCGCAGCACCAUCCUGUACGCUGGCAAUGACAAGUGGUCUAUAGACAACCGCGUGGUCAUCCUCUCCAACACCAAGACUCAGUACAGCAUCAAGAUCCACAACGUGGACGUGUACGAUGAGGGCCCCUACACCUGCUCCGUGCAGACAGACAAUCACCCCAAGACAUCACGAGUCCACCUCAUCGUGCAAGUUCCCCCCCAAAUCGUCAACAUCUCAUCAGACAUCACCGUGAACGAAGGCAGCAGUGUGACCCUCAUGUGCCUGGCCUUCGGGAGGCCGGAGCCCACCGUCACGUGGCGGCACCUCUCCGGGAAAGGACAGGGCUUUGUGAGCGAGGACGAGUACCUGGAGAUCACGGGCAUCACGCGGGAGCAGUCCGGGGAGUACGAGUGCAGCGCUGUCAAUGAUGUGGCCGUCCCAGACGUCCGGAAAGUCAAAGUCACCGUCAACUACCCGCCGUACAUCUCGAACGCCAAGAACACGGGCGCCUCGGUGGGCCAGAAGGGCAUCCUGCAGUGCGAGGCCUCGGCCGUCCCCGUGGCGGAGUUUCAGUGGUUCAAGGAGGACACCAGGUUAGCAAACGGGCUGGAGGGGGUGCGGAUCGAGAGCAAGGGCCGCUUGUCGACGCUGACCUUCUUCAACGUCUCGGAGAAGGACUACGGCAACUACACGUGUGUGGCCACGAACAAGUUGGGCAACACCAAUGCCAGCAUCAUCCUGUACGGGCCCGGAGCGGUGCACGACGGCGGCAACGCGGCAUCCCGGGUGGCCACCGGCCUCUGCCUCUGGGCCGCCCUCCUCGCUCGCCUCCUCCUCGACUUUUGAUAAGGGAGCGGAGGGUCCCGGGAGGCCCCGCCGCGCCUCUGCCCCGCCGCGGGCUCGGCCUGCCGGGACGGCCGCCCGGGGACUCCUCUCCGUCGGACGGGCGCCACGCCGGAGGGCGGGGAACGGCGCCGAGGGGCCGAGGACGGCCGCGUCUCCCACGUGCCGGGAUUGUUCUCGCCGCUGGUUACGCUGUACAGACCCCACCACGUGCCACCAAGACUGUCACCCGCCACCAUCGCCCGCCCGCCCGCCGCGAAGGGCGAUGCCGUGCUGAGCCUUGCCCGCUGCCUCGUCCCUCUUUGCACCGAGCCGGUUGCGGCUGAUGUGCCCCGGGGAUGUGGUCCAGCGUGGACGGGGCUCCCUGCUGCCACCCGGCAGGCUUUUUGGUGGCAUCGUUUCUGACAUGGGUGCGGCACGGCGGGGGCCGCCUGGACCGCUCACCGGGGAUGUCCAUCUCGUCGUUGCGUCAAGCCACCUGCGCGCCCAAACAGACCCCGAAGUUGAAGCCCUGCGUCUCUGCCUUGCGCCUUUUCAGUCCUGAAUGUGAUGUCUCACCACCAAAGCUCCUCCCUGAUCAUCUCCUCACUUCUCUGUCCCCUAAUGCUCCCCUCCAGCACCAUGGCCCCACUGCCCUGUCCCUCCUGACUGCCCGAGGAUGUGGCCCAGCUGUGAUGCCCACUGACCCUUUCCAGCUGCCUCCCCUGGCACGACCCAAGCGAGGGGCGAUGCUCAGUCCCCGAAGGACCACAAACCUCCCACUGCACUAUCUCCCAGCUAACAUCAUCCCCUCCAUGCUCUUGUAGGCACGAGGCUGCCCUCCUGGGAACAUGAGUCCUUGGGGUCGCCACGGUCCCUGCUUUGCUCCGGACCCCUGCCCGCGACAUGCGGACCUGCCGCUUGGAUGUGGCCCUGACACUGUGCCUGUGUUUGUUUGGAGGCUCCGUGGACCAGGGCUACGUGAGAUGCUCACGGCAUUUCCAGCCACUUGCUCAACAUGACAGCCAAAGCACCACAGCACCAAGGCUGGAGGGAGGCACUAACCAACAGAGGAAGGCACCAAACACCAAGCACGGCCACUGCGACAGCUCCACCACUCCUGUCCCGCCUGUGCGCACCCGGAGGGCUGGGGCCAAGCGGUCCCUUCCUUUGGGUCAGCACAGAGGCAGCUCCAAAUUUCCCUGAGGGCUCCUUGCCACGACCUCCCCACAUUGUUCUGGCAGCUUGAGAACUGCAGGAAAUGACCGUAGGGCUUCUGCGAUGGCUUUGCUUGCGCUGUGCCCGUGCCCCUGCCUGAGCAGAGGCCACAGUGUUCAACUGUCUGGAGGCAGCUCGAGCUCCACUGGAAGAAUUGUGGCUAUCAAAUUGCUGCACCUACAUGGCAAGGACAAGGAUGCUCCUGGAGCCCCCAGUUCGCCGUUUCCUGACCCUCCCUGCUGGAGGCUCCUCGGACACCAAACCAUGCAGCCAGACUCUUCUUUGCUUCCUGCAAGCCUUCGGCUCUCUCCCCUGCCACGCACGACGGUCACCCCAGAGGGGCCAUGUCAGCUCCCUGCCUACAGCUCCCAGUGCCCGACAACACCCCAUUAUGUGAUCCCCUUCACCCAGUAUGAAGAGAAACCCCGAUCCUUCCCUCCACUCCAGGAUGGGAAGCUUUGGGUCCAUGCUCCGGGGACAGACCCUCCUACUGCGCUCCAGAAAUGUCAUGGAUGGCACUGGACAAAGGGACAAAACAACACUGAGGAAGCACACAGUGUGUGUCCCCCCCAACACCCCCAGGAAAUGAUGCCUCCCCCACUUUUCUCUGUUUCUUCUCCCUGCUAAAGAUGGCUCAGCAGCUGCGGCCAUGUGCGCAUCGUUCCCAUGCAAACUCUGCCAUUGCUGAAACCUCCUCGCCACCCUGCCCUGCUUUCUCACCCACAGAAAAGAAAUGAAAGCCUGGCACAAACCCCACGGCAUUCCUGUCCUCAAUGCAGUGGUGCCCUGGCCUCAUCCCUGGUCUCUUGCGGGCCGUCCAGGACCCGUGCAAACAAGCACACGUGCGCUGCUACUGCGAAAGGAGUGGCAGCUACAGAAGCUGAAGGGAUGCAGGGCCCUCCUGCACCUGGGACACUCAAUGUGCGCCACGGCUCAGCUACGAACCCCAUGUGGCCUGGGGGCACCCCUCUGGUUUACCUGAUGGGCAGGGAUGUGGCACAGCACGGAACUGGUCACCUCCACGUCUCGUGCUCCCUGUGGCUCUGUUACGUUCUCCACCAGCAUCCCGGGAAGGAGCACGAGCAGCGGUCCGGUCCCAUCCCCUGGUCCUGGGCACCAUCACGGAGGUGGAUGGCACCGUCUCCAGUUGGCACAGUGGCCCGCACCUCCUCCCCCAGAACCUCACCCCAGCCAAUCGACCUGGAGAAGAAGUGAACCCCCCCCCCCCCCCCCCACCUGAAGCAAGGCAGAAGCAUGCAAAUGUUCUCCCACCGCCAGUGACACAUCACCCGCAAGGAAAUAGGCAUAACCCCCUCGAGUCCUACCUGGCAGCUUCAUCUCCCGGCUCUCCAAAACCACAGGGGACAUCCAGAGGGGCUGGCUGCCCUGCAACGCUCCUGCUUGUCACCACGCUUGGCAAAGGGUGGCCCCACCUGAGCGAGUGGCCUCUGCUCAGCCCUCUGCUGCUGGGGCCUCCAGACACAUCCCUGGGGCGCAGGAGGUGCUUGGCAGUGUGUCACGCCAACACCGGGGCUGGUCUGCAUCUCCCCAGGAUGGCCCCAUGCCGCCCUGGCACCCCCUUGUGCCCCAUCCCUUGCCCGUGCAGCCCUGGGGGUGCCGCCCCCCCCCCCCCCCCCCCCCCCCCCCCCAGCUGGUGUCCUCUGGUGCACGGCCCUCGCUUGGCACACCACUCCGGUGCCCUAUUUCUCUCUCUCCCCGCAGAAGAACCGCUGAACUAGCCCCCGACACAAGGCCAAAGGGCUGUGGCAUUUCAGAGACAAGAGGUGACAACUACGAGACGCCCCGAGGCCGGACGAAACGGCACCGGGGCCGCCCCGCGCUCCCUGUUCGUCUUCUCCCCGGGUCGGUUUGGGCUGGCUUCCUUGUCCUCCUCCGUCGGGAUGGCGUUCGACUUUCUCGUGCCAUGUAACGUGCAGUUGUGAGGAACGUGUUGGCUGUCCGAGGCCGUCGCCCCGCCGCACGGGUGGGUGGCAGAGCCCCGCACGACCGCUGCUCUCCGCGUGCCGCGGCCGGACGGCUCGCCCCCGGCGCCCGACGGCGAGGACGCGCAGUCUUGAGUUUCCGUCGAUCAUUGUAUUCCAAGGGUGGCUAUACUACCUGAGAUUUGUGCAUGUUACAUUGUAGUUGUAACCUUUUCUAAUUCGGCAAGAAUAAGAGAUGGUUGUGAUUGUGCAGUGUAUCAAUAAAGUUUGACGAACUUUGUA